UUUCUUCACAUUGGUUAGCGUUUUGCUUUAGGAAUUAUAUCACUGAACCGAGAAAAAAUACGACAAAAAAUAAUACGCUAGACCGUGGCUACGGAUCCACAUGGCUGAGGUGAGUUCAUUGCUUUUUGACUCUAUCUAUUUUCGGAAGUUAAGGAUGCAGCUUUACACAGGGACAAAAAAUAUUCGGGACGUUUUCGUUCAAACUGAAGGUGCGGUGAUUGCGCGAGUCUUUACGGUAUUCCCAAACUUAACUAUAAGUGAGUUGCAGUUAGAAUACAAAACAUGGCUCGUAUAAGUGAUAGUUUCGCAUCCGCUACCCAGCAGGCCCGGAGAUGGAGAACGCGAGCAACGCGACGACCUUCCAGCUUCUGCAGCCCGCAGGUGCCGGAACAAGUUUCGGUCGAAGUGGAGAUAAGUGACCCAUCAUCGCGGAAGAGGUGGUUCCGCGUAUAGCCAAUUAUGUCGCGUGCCCAUCUGUAGCAGCUCCCGUGUGUUAUGUAGACCUAAAGCAUUUCGGGUGAAUGUAUACAUUUGUACUUGUUUGCGUUUGCAUACGCAGCGGGGGUUUCUCGUGUAGUAGGUCAGUAGGCUAUGACCUUACCUGCGCCUGUGUAGGCCGCCCACAUAGGAGAAUUUCUUCUCGUGAAGAAGGAAUGUUACUUCCUUAGUUAUUUUAUCGUCCCAUCUAUCCUCUAACACUGCAAAAUCGACAUGCAUGAGGGAGGUAGUGUGAAUAUGGACGUAACGAACAAAUAAAGCAGGAAGGCAGUGCCGUACAAUACUGUAAGGACACUUUCGAGAAAGGUAUGCCCAUGAUUUAAUUUUGGGAACGAAGCCAAUACCUCGAAAGAAGUGACUUGAGGCAUGGGAAAAAGAACAAUUGUAUUUAUGACACCUUAACUUUGCCCUUGUUCAUUAUGAUAGCAUAAAAAUCGACAGAAGCAUGUGUGUUGUUUGCCGAAAGGAAGAUUGUAAAAAUGCGACUGAACAACACAACAACUUUUUUCGAGGAUAGGAAAGAGAUAAGAACUAGCAACAAUAACGAGACCAACGAAAUUGCAUAACCAAGCGUUAUUACGAAAACAGAAAAACCUACAAACAAUAACAAAGCCAUACCGAAAAUAAAAGAGAAGCGUUCAUGAAAGGCUUACUGAUGUCUAUAGACGCACGCAAGUCAUCAGAAAACACCCGUUGAGCAUAGCAACGCAAACCAAGCGACCGCGUUCGCAAUGAAAGAAACAGGUCCCAUGUAAAAAACAAGCAACUGGCGAGGCGCAAGACACGGACGCUAUCUGACCCGAAGCAGAGCUACUAAACGGGAAAGGAUGUUACGUUACCUGCCCGAGGCUCUACGGCGCCACAGACAUUACGUCUACGCCCAAGACCAUACGCCGUUUGGGCAGUCGGCAUCUCAAUAGCAGCCUGGUCACCUUGGUGUUUUAAGGGACCCCUAGCCAUGGAUAGCAUGUGGCUGUUCGUUGGAUCACUAUUAGCACUCGCUGUCACGGAGACUGCGACCACCGAGCAGAAGUACAGGGUUGCGUACUUCAAACAAAAGGUAAGCGCUUCUUACGAAUUUGUCGGGCAAGUUAUAAGUGAGCGGCAUGCGUGAUCAGUAUCGCUGUGAAACUGCAUCCGCGAUGACACGGUGACUGAGUUUCUUAUGUGUAGAGAAGACGUUAGUAACGUCAACUCAGUUGCGAGAACUACACACGCUCGUUUAUGCUCUGAACGCCACAGUACUAGGGGUAUUAGGUGCCUAUUUUAAUCCCGUUCCACGUGACAUUCAACGAAGCAGUUAACGCGGCUACCGAGAACAAACAGGGGGUCAGCUUUUUUGACCAGCUUGAAUAACGCGUUGCUUUUAAAAGACGUUCCCCUUAUGUGGUGUAAUUUCGUAGCGCGCAAACAUGCGCGUCACAGCGAGCGCUCCAGGACAAUGACAGGGCUAAAAUCAGCUAAUUUAUUAGCGAGGCAGAUAUUCUUGAAGAAUAUGUGUAAAAUGUAUUACAAUUCAAUUUCGGGAUUUCACGUGCCAAAAUCACUAUGUUAUUACGAGGCAUGCCAUGGUUGGGGACUCCGGAUUAAUUUUGACCACCUGGGAUUCUUUAACGUGCACUAUAACACAAGCACACGGGCGUUUUUGCAGUUCGCCUCUAUCGAAAUGCAUCUGUGCCAUUUAUUAUCAGAAGAAUGUUAAAGAUAGCAGGUUAUUCAAUGAAGGUGAAUGAAUGAGGGUAUUUUUCAUGGCAUUAUUUCCACAGUGCAGUGAUCGAAAACCAAAAUACAAGACCUCAAUAAGUAUGGAAAGCGACCUAGCCUCUCUACAGACCCCGCUGCUGAGUUCUACUUAGUCCUUUUUCAGAAUGACAAUUUGCAACGUCACGCUGUGCUUACUCCCUCACACGUGUGGUCGACCGAUUGUUCUUGCGGGGGACUAGCACUAACGAACCGUCUUCAAAGGCAUUUCCAUGUGAAGGAGAAGCCACGAAUGAAUAGGAAAGUGUUUCGUGCACAAUAUUAAAGUUGUCAUUGGAAAGUGUGAUGUCUAACAGGACUGUGCACAAUCAAUGUUUCUGCUUCAGGUCGACCACUUCAGCUUCAGCAACCGGGAUUCAUUUCGUCAGCGUUACCUCGUGUACGAGGACCACUGGAACAGGAAUGGCGGUCCCAUCUUUUUCUACACUGGAAGCGAAAUGAACGUCGAAGUCCUGGCUAACCAAAUGGGAAUGAUGUACGACUGGGCAAAGGACUUCAAGGCUAUGCUGGUGUUCGCGGAGCACCGCUAUUAUGGUGACUCUCUACCCUACAGAGAACGAUCGUUCAGUUCCAGGCAGAGGCGAGGCUACCUGACAACGGAACAAGCACUGGCCGACUUUGCCUACCUGAUACAGCACAUCAAGAAGAACGCACCUGGCGCCGAGAAGAGCAUGGUGGUGACCUUCGGCGGGGGAUACGGCGGCAUGCUGGCUGCCUGGAUGCGCGUCCGCUACCCGCACCUGGUCAAAGGAGCCUACGCAUCCAGCGCCCCCAUCGCGUACUACAGCAACGAGGUGGCAUGCGAAAAGUUCCCGCGCGCCAUCACCGACAGUUACAAGAGCCAGUCGCAGAACUGCGCCGCCAGCAUCCGCCGAUCAUGGGCCAUCAUGGACAAAAUGGCGGCUACAGAUGAUGGACUGAGCUUCCUCACGGAGGCGUUCCACUCGUGUCAGCGCUUGACCACGGACAGCAUUCCGCACUUGUACCAGUGGCUGAAGGAAGCCUACCAGACCAUGGCCAUGCUCGACUACCCUUACGACACAGAGCUGUUCGGAAAGCUGCCGGCGCACCCGGUCAAGGAAGCCUGCCGAUUCCUGUGGAACCCAUUACAAACGGGUGAAGACCUCGUACGAAGCCUUCACAAGGCGGCCUCCAUACUGUACAACAGCUCUGGAAAUGCUGCCUGCUACAGCAUCGACGGUAACAUUGGAGUUCACGCGGGCUGGAUGUUCCAGACGUGCACGGAACUGGUGAUGCCCGAGUGCACCAACGGUGCAGAAGAUAUGUUCAAGCCGAAGAAGUGGGACGUUCGGAAGCACGCCAAGAGGUGUCAGCAGCGCUUCGGAGUGACACCCGAUCCGGAGCGGCUGAAGGUGCUUUACGGUGGCAGUGACUUACAGGGCGUCUCCAACGUAAUAUUCACAAACAACCUGCGGGACCCGUGGUACUACGGCGGCGUCCUGUCCGGCAACGAGGCGACGACCUCGAUCGUGGUGCGGAACGCCGCCCACCUGCUGGACUUGCGGAAGCCGAACGACCUGGACCCCGUGUCGGUUGCCUGGGCCCGGACUCGAGCCAAAGGAACGCUGUGGCGCUGGCUCACACCAAAGCUGAACUUUUUCGGAUAGGCUCGCCACCUGAAACGCGCUGUUCACGUCUAUUUGUCUAGCGACCUUUCAGGUUUCUCGAAUGGUCGCCUUGGCGCUCGACAGUAAAUAAGAUGACUGAGUCCUGCGUGAACCAGACGACCAUAAAACGAAUACACGCACAAACCGGGCUACUAUAGCUUCUUGCGCGAACCAGACGAUAUUUUGUCGUAGUCUGGUUUGCGGAAGUCUUUUUAUUUACUGUCAUGCACCAACUAGCCCAACAACAUGUUUUCAAAACAUGAUGCUCAGCGUCGGCGUGAGAAUGCUUUGCAACUGGGAGCAGCCAGGAAGUUGCGCCAUCCUCAUACAAUCAACAAACAUGAUGAAAUCAAAUUACAAUUCCGUAUUUUCAUCUCCAUCAAUCAAUACAUAGUGGAAGACGAAGUUCUUUAUAUCACUGCUUCCUAGUGGGUAUGUGGCACUAAAUUCUAGUCUCUACAUCUGCAUUAGGCAAAAAGAAGGAAGACUACACGUGUCGUACUAUACACCAUGAAGGUAACAUUAUCGUGACCAACAUCGUCACUUUGUGGGUUCCCAACUUCAAAUACCAUAAAAUAAACUAAUACAGGAAAGCAGCAGUUCUCUACUCUGCGCGGAGGUAAAGAAUUAGAUACUAUAGGGAAGAGAAGAUAAUGGUAUACUCAUUCUGCAUGACAGAUAUUCCCGUUGUAUUGAAGAAAAAAAAAGCCGAGAGGGUCAAUCAAUAGUUAAUUUCUUUAAUAAAUGUUUAAUUUUAUAUAUUGACAUCACGUCUUAUUUUAUUUCCGAUACAAAGGCUUCAAAUUCGCACUUUGUUCAUCACUUAGGGUCCCAAGUAAUUCGUGUACAUUUGGAGCAUGCGCAGUUUGCCGCGCAAAAAAGCGCGAUUCGUAAUACGCGUAAUCUUCGAUAGAUGGCGAGACACUGCUAAGCACGACGCCAUCCCAAUCUGUCCGAUACUCAUCGCAUUCCGCUGGGCGCCGACUUAACGCGUUCCUCUGUCGGGAAAGAACUGUGUUUUCCAAUUUUUACACAGCGAGAAAUAAACAUGCGAACCACAAUAUUGAAAGGGAAUGCACAACUUUCUCAGCUGUGUAGAAAAUGACUGUGUAGAAACUGACAAUGAACGGUGGUGAAACGCAUGGCAGUGAAAUGUUUCAUGCCCCCAUUACUCUGCCAAUGGAACCUCGAAAAAAAAAAUUAAAUAACAGCCGACGUCUGCAAUUCCUCCAGCUCUGAACUCAUUCACUGCGAUAGAAUUAGACUUUCACAGCAAGCAUAACUGUUUUCUCAAUAGCUUCUUUGCGAAGCUCACAACGUCGUGGUCGUAUGCAUCCUAUACUACGGCCUCCGAAAUACGUAAAUAGACACCACCAAUCUUAGAGUCUCAAUAAAGCACAAAGGAUGUUCUGGAGCAGAAAAGUAACAAAUUGCCAAGCGCUAAUGCUGCGAGACAAUUUAGUUGGUACAUUGGGUUCCAAACUGCACAUUGCAGGCAGGACGUAAAUUCUAGCUUCAGUGUGAGUGGCUCGCAAAGUUGUUUUUGUUCGUCAUGGGGCGGCGGGUGAAACUGAGCACGUGGAGGGGAUCUGACGACGACUCGAGAUAAUGCUGACGCCUUUAUUUCGUGUACUCUAAAUGAAGGUGAUAAUAGUCGGUACGCAACAGUGAAUUCACUUCCAAAGGUCGUCGCUCUGCGGCCCAGCCGCUCCUGUUUUACCGCUGACUGCACACAUCACAACAGCUAUAUUUCGGACGCGUGCCUUAUCCGACCCAAUACUCACUGCUUCUCCUGAUUAUAA